UCAGUGUGAAAUAAGAAACGAACGAUGAAGCACCUGCUUUGCUUUUCUUCCGUUUUAGUUUUUUAUAUAAAGAAGGUUCAUUUUCAAUAAAUUGGUCUCUUAACGAAACCAAUGUGAAGAUGGUUGUGAUGAUGAUGAUGAUUAUUAUGGUUGUAGUGUGAAACGGAAGAUAAACGAGAAAAAUAACAAAAAGAAAAAAAAAGUAAAAAAAUAAAACUUUAUAUCCUUCUUAUCGUAUUCGAUUCAUCUUCACGCAGUGGUUUUCAAUAAGCUACCAGCCGUCAUUAAGGAAAAAGUUUUACUUCUACAAAGUGAAGUGAAAAUAAAAGCCAAAAAUGAGUUGGAUAAAAGCUACAAGUUUGGCACUUGUGUUGAUAACGAUAUCAGAUGGAAUUUUUGGUAAAGUUCAUCGUCAUCGCGUACCAAAUGUCUUGCCAAAUCAAAUGCACCAAAUAACACUCGAUCCUAUCGAACAUGUGAAGUUGACAUGGAUGGUGGAUUGGCCUGAAAAAAAUGUCUUUUUUCAAGUGAAAAAUGGCAUCACUAAGAAAUUUACCUGGUUUGCUAUCGGCUUCUCUCGUCGUGGAGAAUUCCCACGAACAGAUUUUUGUAUUUUUCAAAGAGAGCAUGGGAAAAUUGACAUCAAUAUUGAUGCUUGGUCAAGUGAUGACGGUCAACAUAUAAUCAUUGAUCGACAUCAAGACUGCAUCACCAUAGCACGUUCAAAUAAGGAUGAAAUUGCAUUCCGGAGAAAAUUCGAUACAUGUGAUGAAGAAGAUUUUCCAUUUCAUGAGGGAACGAUGUUCAUUUAUUGGAUGAGAGGUGAAGAGACGCUCGAUUUCGAUGACAAUUUUCUAACACCUGAUUUACCUGAAAACGAUUUUGGCAUGUCACAUCUGCAAUUGCUUCGAGCUGAUUCGAUAAAUAUUCCAGAAAAAAAAAUUCGACAUUUUGAUAUUGUAGUAAAGGAUGUUGAAAUCCCAGCAACUGAUACUACAUAUUGGUGCAAAGUUCAGAAGUUGAAAGAUGCCAGCAAACGUCGACAUAUUGUUGAGUUCGAACCUAUAAUUAAAAGCGAAGAAUUUGUACACCACAUGGAAGUUUUCCAUUGCGAAACGAUGGCUGAUGUUGAGAUUCCUUUAUAUGAAGGAAAUUGCGAUGAUUUACCAGCGGAAGCCAAAGUUUGUAGUAAAGUCAUGGCAUUGUGGGCUAUGGGUGCAGCAACGUUUACAUAUCCAAGAGAAGUUGGCUUAGCAUUCGGCGGUUCAGAUUACAAUCCAUACAUAAGAUUGGAAAUUCACUACAACAAUCCAAAUAUCAUCGGUGGAAGAAUUGAUAAUUCUGGAAUGAGAAUAAAAUAUGUGAAUAAGUUGAGAAAGUAUGACGCAGCUGUUAUGGAACUUGGUCUUGAAUAUACUGAUAAGAUGGCGAUUCCACCUGGUCAACUUGCAUUUCCUUUAAGUGGAUAUUGCAUUGCUGAAUGUACUAGAAUUGCGCUUCCUAAAGAUGGAAUAACAGUCUUUGGUUCUCAAUUGCAUACACAUCUGCGUGGUGUUCGCGUUCUCACAAGGCAUUUUCGUGAUGAUAAAGAACUUGUUGAACUCAACCGCGAUGACUUUUAUUUAAAUCACUUUCAAGAGAUCCGUCAUUUACGUAGAAAGCCUAAAGUUUUACCAGGCGAUGCUUUAGUCACCACUUGUUUCUAUGAUACCCGUGGAUAUGAGAAUGCGACAAUGGGUGGUUUCUCGAUUCAAGAUGAGAUGUGUGUUAAUUACAUUCAUUAUUAUCCAGCUACAAAUUUAGAGCUUUGCAAAAGCUCGGUAUCUGAGAAGACAUUAGCUGAUUAUUUUGAAUUUAUGAAGAAAAAAGAUCAUCAAGACAUCGACAUGAGACGUGGUCGUUUUGCGAAUUAUCGAGCCAUCGAUUGGACGCUACCACACGUCAACGAACUUUUUACGAUGUAUACAAACGAGCCAUUAAGUAUGCAAUGUAAUCGUUCGGAUGGUCGACGAUUUGAUGGCUUCAAUUGGGAAGGUGCACCAAUAACAGAAGUUCCAAUUCAAAUACCAGAUCGCCAACUGUCAUGUGCUGGUGGUGGAAAAUCACUGAGAAAUAGCAACGAUUGUGACAUGUUUGGUGAAUGUAUCUAUUAAGAAAAUGUAGCCUCAAGUUACAUGUAAUUUGUAUGUAUGAUUUAUUUAUUUUCUUUUACAUUGUAUCAUAAGAUGAAAUUGCCUGAAAAUAUUUAAACGAAAAAAAUAAUCUGCCGAUGGAACAUUGGAAAACGACAUGAAGAAUUGAAAAGGAAAGGAAAAACCUGAUGUUUUUGAAUAAAAGCUAAUGAAGCGUUCACAG